GAUUCCGAGUGGAAACACGGACUCGCUGUUUUUACCCGCUAUCCAGCGAACAUCGCAUCCUCUCGUUGUUACAGCGGCUGUUUAAUUCACUAAUCUGAUGCAGCUAACGUCGUUGUAAUCGUAAACGCUCGGAGCGACAUAAACUCCGUCUUUUUCAGUCAUGUCUUUCCAGCCGGACCGUGGGGGUCCAAGGGGACAGAUGCCCCCCGGCCAGAACUACCUGAGCUCUCCCCCUCCCCAGCCUCCUGCUCCACCCUACCGUUACGACCCACAGACAGGUUCGGGUUACCAUGGCAGCGCCGGCUACAUGCCCCCGCACCCUGACUUCAUGCAGUACCCUCCCCCGGCUCCGUCACAGCAGAACCCUGGCGCUCUGAGUCAGUGCCCGCUGCGCCCACCUUUCCCCAAACCCCCUCCCAAUUUCCCGCCUCCCACUUUGCCCAGCUCAGCAGGGGGUCCGACUCCCGGCUCCCAGGUGUCUGCUCAGACCUCCUACCCCCCCUACAUGAUGCCUCCGCCCCCACUGACUCACCCAACCAUGCCUCCGCCCAUGAGCUACCACCCCCCGUACACCAUGAACUACCCUCCUUUCCCUCCUCCGCCUUUCAACCCCGGCUACACCCAGACCGCCGGCCCCUUCCAGCCGGACCACGGCGUGCGACAUGGGGGGCCGUACCCGUACGAGAAGUCCGCCGACAGCCGGAGGUCGCCGGAAAGAGGGUAUCGCCAUGACGACCACAGGCAGAAGAGCUAUGGCUACGGCGAGCGGCACAAAAUGGAGUUCAGCGGAGAGAGGAAGGAGCGCGGCAGGAGUCCGGACCGGCGUGGGAGGGCGGAGGGGGUGCGCUACAAAGCUGACUACGACAGAGGGAGGAGUCCGCCGCGACACCGGAGCCGGGAGAGGAGCAGGGAGCGGUACCGUCACCGAGAUGUUCGCCGAUCCCAGUCACCCGAUCGCUACAGGAAGAGACCGCGCAGUCGCUCAACGAGCCGAGACAGGAAGCGAGGGCGCUGGGAGGAGGAGAAGGAGCGGCGGUCCGACAGCUCGUCGGGGCCGAGCCGGGAGCGGAGCUACUCGUCCCUCCGGAGCCGGGACUCCGACGAGGCGUUCGCCGAGCGGGAGCGCGAUCGACAGCGGGACAGAGAGAAGGAGAAGAACGACGAGGAGAAGGAGGAGGAAGAGCUGCUGAAACCCGCCUGGAUCCGCUGCACUCAUGCCGAGAGCUUCUACUCCAACGACCCCAUGGACCAAGUGGGCGACUCCACGGUCGUGGGAACCAGCAAACUGCGCGACCUUUACGAACGCUUCGAGGACGAACUCAUAAAGAGGCAGGAACGAGCCAAAGCCGCUCGACCCAAAUGGGAGCCGCCUAAAACCAAACUGGACGAGGAUCCAGACGACAGCAGCAGCGAGUCGGACUGCGAGUCGGACGGCGACGGCAGCAGCUGCUCCAGCAGCUCCGACUCCGAUGUUUUCGACGUCAUCGCCGAGAUCAAGAGGAAGAAGGCGCAUCCGGACCGUCUGCAUGAGGAGCUGUGGUACAACGACCCGGGCCAGAUGAAUGAUGGCCCCCUGUGCAAGUGCAGCGCCAAGGCCAGACGAACGGGGAUCCGCCACAGCAUCUACCCCGGAGAGGAGCCUUUGAAGCAAUGCCGCCCCAUGAACAACAACGCCGGGAAACUGUUCCACUACAGGAUCACGGUGUCUCCGCCCACCAACUUCCUGACCGACCGGCCGACAGUGAUCGAGUACGACGACCACGAGUAUCUGUUCGAAGGAUUCUCUCUGUUCUCCCACACUCCUCUCACCAACAUUCCAUUGUGCCGAGUGAUCCGCUUCAACAUAGAUUACACCAUUCACUUCAUAGAGGAGAUGACACCGGAGAACUACUGCGUCCGAGGUCUGGAGCUGUUCGCCUCCUACUUGUUCCGGGACAUUCUGGAGCUUUACGACUGGAAUCUGACGGGUCCUGACUGCGACUCUGAGUCUUCUGGAUGCCAGCGGUUCCAUUUCAUGCCUCGUUUCGUCAGAUUCUUACCGGACGGCGGGAAGGAGGUUCUGUCGAUGCACCAGGUGCUGCUGUACCUCCUGCGCAGCAGCAAGGCGCUGGUUCCAGAGGAGGAGAUCGCAGACAUGCUGCAGUGGGAGCAGCUGGACUGGCAGAAAUAUGCAGAGGAGUGCAAAGGCAUGAUCGUCACCAACCCUGGCAUGAAACCGAGCUCGGUGCGCAUCGACCAGCUGGACAGGGAGCAGUUCAACCCAGACGUCAUCACCUUCCCCAUCAUCGUUCACUUCGGCAUCCGGCCCGCUCAGCUCAGCUACGCCGGAGACCCCCAGUACCAGAAGCUGUGGAAGAGUUAUGUGAAACUGCGCCACCUGCUGGCAAACAGCCCAAAGGUCAAGCAGAUCGACAAGCAGAAGCUGACACAGAGAGAGGAAGCUCUUCAGAAGAUCCGGCAGAAGAACACGAUGCGCCGUGAGGUGACUGUGGAGCUCAGCAGCCAGGGCUUCUGGAAAACCGGCAUCCGCUCCGACGUCUGCCAGCACGCCAUGAUGCUCCCGGUUCUCACCCAUCACAUCCGAUACCACCAGUGCCUGAUGCACCUGGACAAGCUAAUCGGCUACGUCUUCAAGGACCGCUGCCUCCUGCAGCUGGCCAUGACUCAUCCCAGUCACCACCUCAACUUUGGCAUGAAUCCCGAUCACGCCCGCAACUCGCUGUCCAACUGCGGCAUCCGCCAACCGAAGUACGGCGACAGGAAGGUCCACCACAUGUACAUGAGGAAAAAAGGAAUCAACACACUGAUUAACAUCAUGUCCCGUCUGGGUCAGGAUGACCCGUCUCCUUCCAGGAUCAAUCACAACGAGAGGCUGGAGUUCCUGGGCGACGCUGUUGUCGAGUUCCUCACCAGUGUUCACCUCUACUACCUGUUCCCCAGUCUGGAGGAGGGCGGCCUGGCCACCUACAGGACGGCCAUCGUUCAGAACCAGCACUUAGCCAUGCUGGCCAAGAAGCUGGAGUUGGAUCGCUUCAUGCUCUACGCCCAUGGACCCGACCUGUGCCGGGAGUCGGACCUUCGACAUGCUAUGGCCAACUGCUUUGAAGCGCUCAUUGGGGCCGUGUAUCUAGAGGGAGGCCUGGAUGAGGCCCGGCAGCUUUUCGGACGACUGCUUUUCAACACUGAGGACCUGCGGGAGGUCUGGCUCCACUACCCACCUCACCCCCUGCAGGUGCAGGAGCCGCAGUCGGACCGUCAGCUGAUUGAAACGUCUCCAGUUCUUCAGAAACUCACCAGCUUCGAGGAUUCGAUCGGAGUCUUGUUCACGCAUGUCCGACUGUUGGCCAGAGCGUUCACCUUGAGGACAGUCGGCUUCAACCACCUCACCCUAGGCCACAACCAGAGGAUGGAGUUCCUCGGAGACUCCAUCAUGCAGCUGGUCGCCACCGAAUAUCUCUUCAUCCACUUCCCUGACCACCAUGAAGGACACUUAACUCUUCUCCGCAGCUCGUUGGUGAACAACCGGACUCAGGCCAAAGUGGCAGAAGAGCUGGGCAUGCAGGAGUUCGCCAUCACCAACGACAAAACCAAACGGCCCGUCGCGCUUCGCACAAAGACUCUGGCUGACCUGUUGGAGUCUUUCAUCGCGGCUCUCUACAUCGACAAAGACCUGGAGUACGUUCACACCUUCAUGAACGUCUGCUUUUUCCCUCGGCUGAAGGAGUUUAUUUUGAACCAGGACUGGAACGACCCCAAAUCUCAGCUGCAGCAGUGCUGUUUGACCCUGAGAACGGAGGGCAAGGAGCCCGACAUCCCGCUGUACAAGACGCUGCAGACGGUCGGGCCGUCGCACGCCCGGACGUACACGGUCGCCGUCUACUUCAAAGGAGAACGCAUCGGCUGCGGCAAAGGCCCAAGCAUCCAACAGGCUGAAAUGGGAGCUGCGAUGGAUGCGCUUGAAAAAUAUAACUUCCCACAAAUGGCUCAUCAGAAGCGCUUCAUCGAGCGGAAGUACCGUCAGGAGCUGAAGGAGAUGCGGCGAGAGCGAGAGCGGCAGGAGAAGGAGACGGACGACGCCGCGGCGGCGGCCAGGAAGUGACGGAGAAGCGUUAGCCAGUCAGGCGAGAGCUAGCGAAGGUUGAUUGAGUCAGGGUGAGUCAGGAAGCCACAAAUGUCCAGUUUUCUACUUUUUAUGUCUGAAAGGUCCUGGUAACCCAGGAUUCACUGCGUUACCAGAAGAAGCUAACAACUAGAAACAAGAAGUUUUUAUAAGAUGGGAUAUGAGAUGUUAAAAUAAAGUUUUAAAAUUCUGC